AUGAAUCUUGACACUAUCAAUUUCAAUGAACUAUGUUUGGAGACCACUCACAAGGUGCCAAUAAAGACAAACACCAUUGUUUGGAGUGCUUACGACGGCAGCUUGUCUGCGACGGAGUACACCCUGCUUGCAACCGGUGUGAAGGGACCAGAACGGAAUGCCCUGGGUAACCACGGAGCAACUAUCCUUCGAGCAGAAUGGCAAUCGGAUGCUGCCGACGUGGCUCAGGCCAUAUAUUUCAUGAAUGUCUAUGUUUAUCCCAAUUAUCGCGACCCGAAGUCCGUCGCGCCAAUGCUGUGGUUUCCUCCUUUGCCGCCCAACGCUUUCCACGAUGCGGACCCAGCAAUCCGGCACACCAUGACCUGCCUCGCAUUAGGAUACCGCAUAUGCGCACUCCUAGCUGCAGACAGCGUCAAUCCCUCGGGGUUAGAUGAUCUACGGCACGUGCGGACCAAGGUGUUGUACCACAGGAACCUCGCGAUUCAGGCGCUCAGCAGCUCGAUCAAGGACGAAAGAAAGAGGUCUAGAGACAGCACUCUCCAUUCGAUAUUGAUGUUUCUAGUUGUGGAGAUCCGACAAUGUGCCAGUGAUUGGAGGCAUCACUUCGACGGCAUGACCCAGUUGAUCAAUCUGAGGGGCGGGAUCCAGUCAUUCGUCACGUCACAAGCCAGCCUGAAAUCCCAACGACAUCUGGUUCACUAUUGCCUGUUCGCAGCUUUCGGGAACACCACCUGCAUUGCAAGUGACAUGGCUCGGGCAGAUUUCUCACCCGAUCAGAUUGAUGCCAUAAAAGAGAUAUACGGGAACGGCUUGCUUUCGACUUGCCCCUGUCCUCCCAAGCUGUUCCUAGCUCUGGUCAGGAUUAAUGUUCUCCGAUCUCAAGCAACACGGUCAACAGUGCCGAUGGAAGGUCUUCAGAUCCAGGCCCUUGAAAUGGUUUCUUAUAUCGAAAUGACAACAGAAGCCGAUUGGGCCGCUGAAAAUAGAGCAUCAGGCGAAGGUUUGUCAUUACUAGCGAGCAUUUAUCAGUCGGCGAUCAUGGUGUACUGCAUUGCGGCCCUGCAGAGCGUUCACGUUCUGGGGCAUUCGGCGCUUCUGCUUGCCACAAAAGAAAAACAUCACAAGCGGCUCAUGGGGUUACUCGAACAUUGCCUAAAGUCCGCGUCGCUAAGAGGAGGCAUGAUGAAGUGUACGUUGUGGCCCCUGAUCAUUGCUGGCACAGGCCUGCGGGCAGGCACUGGAGACGAUAGAUUGUUCCUGGAGAGGCAGCUCACGGAGACGUCUGCAAGCCUAGGAUCUCAGCUGCCCCUUUUAGGGAAGACUGUCCUGAGGAGUGUAUGGAGUUCACCUCAUCCACAUUGGGAUGAUUGGUUUGACAAGCCCUACCUCUUCCUUGGAUAG